AAUUCUUUGCUUACCAAUGAUUUCGAGAGCCAGUUUGCCAGGGGUGGUGGUACAUUGUGCGUUCAAGAUCCGAAAAUCUGGAAACUUUUCUACAAGUUGGUUAUUCAGAUUGAAGCCUGUCCACAUAGCGGAAUUAGCGCUCCCCAGACAAUUGCUGCGAUAAGUCAGGUACGGAUUCGACUACCACGCUAA